UCAGGUUCCGGGACGGGAGGAAGAGGAGGUGUCACGCCUCCCUCUGGUGAGCGGACCUUCCCGUCCGCCGGGGUGAAAGGUCGGAAAGAUGGCGACGGCCUUGAGCGAGGAGGAGCUGGACAACGAAGACUAUUACUCGCUGCUGAAUGUGCGCCGGGAGGCCUCUUCUGAAGAGUUAAAAGCUGCCUACCGGCGGCUGUGCAUGCUUUACCAUCCAGACAAGCACCGAGACCCAGAGCUCAAAUCACAAGCCGAGCAACUGUUUAACCUUGUCCACCAGGCUUAUGAAGUUCUCAGUGACCCACAAACCAGGGCCAUCUAUGAUAUAUAUGGGAGAAAAGGACUGGAAAUGGAAGGAUGGGAGAUUGUGGAGAGGAGGCGAACACCUGCUGAAAUCAGAGAAGAGUUUGAGCGGCUGCAGAGAGAGCGAGAGGAGAGGCGGCUCCAGCAGCGCACCAACCCCAAGGGAACCAUCAGUGUUGGAGUAGAUGCCACGGACCUCUUUGAUCGCUAUGAUGAGGAAUACGAAGAUGUCCCUGGGAGCGGCUUUCCUCAGAUUGAGAUUAACAAAAUGCACAUUUCCCAAUCCAUCGAGGCACCCUUGACAGCCACAGACACAGCCAUCCUCUCUGGAAGCCUCUCCACCCAGAAUGGGAAUGGAGGAGGUUCCAUUAACUUUGCCCUCCGGCGAGUGACGUCCGCAAAGGGAUGGGGAGAGUUUGAAUUUGGAGCUGGAGACCUUCAAGGCCCUUUGUUUGGCCUGAAGCUGUUUCGUAACCUUACGCCAAGAUGCUUUAUUAAAACCCAGUUCUCAUCCCCGGGGGGCCUGACCCAUUGUUUAAGGAACCUGGAUAAGAACACCAUGGGCUACCUGCAGUGGCGGUGGGGCAUUCAGUCAGCCAUGAACACAAGCAUUGUCCGGGACACCAAGACCAGCCACUUCACCGUGGCCUUUCAGGUGAGCCUCUUCGGCACAGGCUCCCGGCUCAGGCCGCCGUCGCCAUUCCCUUCUCAUCCCCUCAUUUCCCUUUCUCGCUGGGCCUCGUGGGGAGGAUGUGAAAUAGCUGUGCAGCUGCCAUCUGGCCGCCGAGGACACGCUGCACUCAUGGAACAGCUCAUCUGGAAGGGGGAGAAGAGGAGAAGGGAAAUCUUUCAGAUGUGGGGUCAGGGCCGUCAGAGGCCUGGAGCACAAGUGUGCCCAGCAGAGAAGGGUCCCACUGGGAGGGCAGGCUUCUUUGGGACGGUGGUAGAAUACGGAGCAGAGAGGAAGAUUUCCAGGCAUAGCAUUUUAGGAGCUACCGUCAGCGUGGGAGUCCCACAGGGCGUCUCUCUCAAAAUCAAGCUCAACAGGGCCAGCCAGACGUACUUCUUCCCCAUCCACUUGACGGACCAGCUCCUUCCCAGCGCCGUGUUCUACGCCACCCUGGGCCCGCUGGUGGCCUACUUUGCCAUGCACCGGCUGAUCAUCAAACCGUACCUCAGGGCUCAGAAGGAGAAAGAACUGGAGAAGCAAAGGGAGAGCACAGCCACAGAUGUGCUGCAGAAGAAGCAGGAGGCGGAAUCUGCCGUCCGGUUGAUGCAGGAGUCAGUGAGAAGAAUAAUUGAGUCUGAGGAGUCCAGAAUGGGACUGAUCAUCCUGAAUGCCGGAGGGAAGUUUGUUCGACCAAAAAGGAAAAAGGGAAGACGGUUCUUUCAGGCUAGCUCGGGCCUGGGGCUGGGGACUCUGGGCACUGGUUCCAACAAGGCUACUCUCUGCAGAGAUAUCCUCCGUGGGUCUCUCCUCCCCGCAUUCGAGCAUCCUUGCAGCCUGGCUCACACUGUCAGCUCCUGA